AUGAGCUCCAUCACCGGUCGGGUUCUUGCCAUCCCCGCUGCCUCUGUUACCAACUCCGGAGCUUCAUCAUCCAGAGCCUUGCACGUGGAGCUCACAUCCCAGCAGAGACGAUUACGUCAUCUCCGGAGCAUUGCAGCAAGAAACAUCGUCAACAGGAAUGGUUCCCCACUACUGGAUACAUACUUCACCCUCCAUCUCUGUAUAGGAAAUCGUAUAUCUAGUGAUUUUUACAAGAGUGAAGUCAUUCGUGACUCUCUGAAUCCUACCUGGAGGAGUCUGGACUUUGGCAUGUUGCCGGACCUUCUGGACACCUCAGUGUCUUGCUUUGUUGUAAGGAUCUGGGGAGGACAGGAGAAACAAUACCAGCUGCUCAUAGAAUGGAAGGUCAAUCUGGAUGGCCUCAGAUAUACAGGGCAGCAGAUUCGGUCCAGGAAUACAAAUGAGAUCAUAUUUGGGUUGAAUGAUGGCUAUUACGCGGCUGACUUUGAUCAGAAGGAUAAUUCCGAGCGCAAGAAAAAUAGUCUGCUUCAGGUCGACCAGAGCUCAGUUAGAAAUUCUUACAGUGUUUUUUCAUUGCUCAGGCUCCACACAGCCCAAAGAGCCAUCAAACAGACCCAAGUGACAGUGCAGAAGAUUGGAAAGGAGAUUGAGGAGAAGCUAAGAACAACAGCAACGUGCACAGUGCGGAAAAAGGAGCGAGAGUGUAUGCGUCUACGUUUAGCUGUGCUUCGUAGUGAACUUCAUCGGCAGAGGAAGUCUCUUGGCAGAGAAAUAGAUGUGCGGCAGAAGGACAUGGCACAGCUUCAGAAGAAAGAGGAAUUGUAUGCUGCACAACAUGAAGGCCUGAAGGAUGAAAAACAAUCCUUAACCAUGCUGCAUAAGGAAUGCACUGCCAAAAGAGAGCAGUUCCUGAAGUUCAAUGCCCAGCUCACGUUUCGCUGCCGACAGCUUCUCUCUGAGCUGUCCUACAUUUAUCCCAUCAAUGUGGCAAAUGUGUCAGAUUACGUUAUCUGCGGAGUGAAGCUGCCAAAUUCUGAAGACUUUCAAGCAAAGGAUGAUGGGAGUGUGGCAGUUGCUCUGGGCUAUACGGCACACCUGGUCCUGAUGAUCUCGUGCUUCCUGCAGAUCCCACUUAGGUAUCCAGUCAUCCACAAAGGUUCACGCUCCUCCAUCAAAGACACCAUCACUGACAGACUCAAUGAAAAAGAGCGAGAAUUUCCUUUGUACCCACGAGGAGAGCGGUUUCAUUUUGAGUAUGGUGUCUACUUGCUCAACAAGAACAUUGCUCAGCUGAGAUAUCAACAUGGCUUGACCACCCCAGACCUGCAGCAAACACUACCCAACCUGAAGAACUUUUUGGAACAUGGCUUGCUUGUCCGAUGUGAUCGACACCAUGUUUCUAGCUCCAUCCCCGUGCCAGGGAAGUCUCACCUCGGGGUUCCUAGUGCCUCGGAAGCAGCUUACCAACGACACACCGGCUCCCCUGACCGGGGACUGAGGAAACGAGCGAAUUCUGAGACCGACAAGUACAAGACAAAUCCACCGCCCAAUUUUGGCGCAGCUGUCGGGGAGGAACCAGCUAUGGUAACCCAAACAAAGCAACCAUCUCCGCCUAAACUCUUGUCUUCUUCCCUGGAUGCCUCCAUGGCCUCACUUGACCUCACAGAGCCCAUUGAAGCGAAAGAAGACGGAAUAAAGAUAGAGGAAGAGGGCGGUACAGCCGCAGAGAAGGAAGUCCACAAAGAUCAGACUGAAGAGCAAACACCCCACAGCACUUCAAGCUCUUCUACACUGGCGAAAUUUAGUGACGAUCCAGCAACCGCUGGUCAGCAUACAGGCAUCAUGAACGGCUCAGUGGUUCCAGGACAGGUAACGAUUCCAGGUCCUGGUCCAUGCUGCUCAGUGGAGCAAGCUGAGGAGAUCAUGGGGACAGAGGCCACCAACUUGGGCCUGGGAAUGGGACUACGGGUGGGCUUGGAGAUGGCUGAGGAGACCAGGCUGGAAGACUACCGCUGUAUCCCUGUGGACCAGGCGGUAGCUGUAGAAUGUGAUGAGCAGGUGCUCGGGGAACUGGACGUUGCUGGCUUCGAAGAGUUCUCCAGACGCAUCUACGCACUGAAUGAGAACAUGUCUAGCUUCCGUCGACCGCGCAAAAACUCAGACAAGUGA